GGAACGCACCCCUGAACCAUGUGUCACGUUUCCAUAGUCACGUCACAUCGCCUCCACCAUGUUGUAGGAAAUCCACCGCUGCUCCUCACUCACUGUCAGAUUAGAGUUUAAUCCGAGGGGGAGGAUACACUGUCAAGACGCUGUCUGCAUCUUGGAAGGACUCUCGGUGUUUAUGCAUACAAAGUAACCGCGACUUUGCGUGAGACUGUAAUUUUUUUUUACAAUAAACGGCCUGCACGUAGAAGAUGAAACACCAGUCUUCCGCUGCUGUCUUUGCCUGUCCGCCGACUUACCAAAACGUUAAGAUGUUAGCUGGCUAACUAGCUGAAAAAGAGUAACUAAAUCGGAUUAGCUGCUAACGGCAGCCUCCCUCUACGUAAUAUCCAGGUAUUAUUUGCUGUAAUUGACAACUAUUAGCAAGCGGUCGCCUUUGUUCAUUUGUCAUUAUUUAAUACAUUUCUUUAUUCUUUGUCAACAUUACCACUUUGUGCUGUCAUUAUUCGCUAGCAUUAAUGUUUCUGCGAGCUAGCUAGGUUAUUAGCCAGCCGAAACACAAGAAGAGCUGAAGCUCUUUCGCUAGCUAAUCUACUGUUUGUUGGGAAGAGCAAAUAUUAGUGCCUCCGACCACAACCGAAAGUCAAGACGGAGCUGACGGCCAGGCUGAUUUGCUAGCUUGUCUUCGGGCCAGCUGGCGAGAGAGCUGUACAAGAUUUUAUCCCCCGAAAUUAGCCUUCAGACGAAUCAAAGAUGUCAGGAAAGGAUAAAGACAAAGACAAACAGGAGAAACAGUCCACAACGGAGCGGCUGAUAAAAGCUGUGCCAUACCCUCCACAACAUAAGCUAACUGUGAAGGAACUAUUUGAAGAUGGCAAGCCCAACGCUGAGCUGCUCCGCAACCACCUCGUCAAAGAGGGCAGGGUGGAAGAGGACGUUGCUCUAAGGAUCAUCAACGAUGGGGCCAACAUCCUCCGCCAAGAGAAGUGCAUGCUGGAAGUGGAGGCACCCAUAACAGUAUGUGGUGAUGUCCAUGGACAAUUCUUUGACCUUAUGAAGUUGUUUGAAGUGGGGGGAUCACCCAGUAACACACGCUAUCUCUUCCUCGGUGACUAUGUAGAUCGAGGAUACUUCAGUAUUGAGUGUGUUCUCUACCUCUGGUCGCUCAAGAUCAACCACCCCACCACACUCUUCCUCCUGCGUGGGAACCACGAGUGCCGACACCUCACAGAGUACUUCACCUUCAAACAGGAAUGUAAAAUUAAAUACUCUGAACGGGUGUAUGACGCCUGUAUGGAGGCCUUUGACUGCCUGCCCCUUGCUGCCCUGCUCAACCAACAGUUCCUAUGUGUACACGGCGGUCUUUCACCAGAAAUCAACUGCCUAGACGACAUAAGGAAAUUAGACAGGUUUAAAGAGCCUCCAGCAUUCGGGCCAAUGUGUGACCUGAUUUGGGCUGACCCUGGUGAGGACUAUGGCAGUGAAAAGACAACAGAACACUUCAACCAUAACUCCGUCAGAGGCUGUUCUUACUUUUUCAGUUACUCAGCAGUCUGUGACUUUUUGGUAAACAAUAAUCUGCUGUCAGUAAUAAGAGCUCAUGAAGCACAGGAUGCCGGGUAUCGGAUGUACCGAAAAAGCCAGACCACAGGCUUCCCUUCAUUAAUCACAAUCUUUUCAGCUCCAAAUUACCUAGACGUCUACAACAACAAAGCUGCUGUAUUAAAAUAUGAGAACAACGUGAUGAAUAUCCGACAGUUCAACUGCUCCCCCCACCCUUACUGGUUGCCCAACUUUAUGGAUGUCUUCACGUGGUCUUUGCCUUUUGUUGGAGAGAAAGUGACGGAGAUGCUGGUGAAUGUACUGAACAUAUGCUCUGACGAUGAGCUCAUGUCGGAGGGAGAUGACCUAUACGAAGGUGGAACCUCUGCGAUGCGUAAGGAGGUCAUCCGGAACAAGAUUCGCGCUGUGGGGAAAAUGGCCCGAGUCUUCUCAGUCCUCAGGGAGGAAAGCGAGAAUGUGUUAACACUCAAAGGCCUCACCCCAACUGGAACUCUUCCUCUGGGAGUUUUGUCAGGGGGAAAGCAGACCUUACAGACCGCUACGAUUGAGGCAGCUAAAGCAAAAGCCAUUCAAGGCUUUUCUCCCACAAGGAAGAUUCGUAACUUCGAGGAGGCACGUGGCCUGGACAGGAUAAAUGAGAGGAUGCCACCGCGCAAAGACGGCCAGCAGCCAGAUGGCACCACGAUCAACACCAACACCCCCAACAAGAAUGGCACCGAUGGAUAGGCAACAGAAACACCACCUUCCCAUCUUCACACAACCCACACCCCCUGACUCAUAGCCCCCAAUCACUCUCUGUCUCUCUUUCUCUCUUUUUCUGUCUCUCUCAGUCUGUCUCCUCUACUGAAACUGCCUGUCCUUCUUCAGCUCGCUCACAGUUGGGCGGGGAAAGGAAGCGGACACAUCAGUAGAUCAAAAAAAAAGGGAGGCCACAGGGCUGGGAAAAACUCCCAGCCACUGAAAAAGACAAACAUAUGAUGUGUUAUCAGGGGGAAAAAUAUUUAGUGAAGAUGAAAUAUAUUAGAUAUAUUGUUUAAUAGCAACAAAUCAUUUGAUGAAGACAUUUUGCAGUUGUUCAAAUGUAUACCGUACACUGAAGUCCUAACUUAUACAUGUUAAAGUUAUAAAAAGGAGAAUUUUUUAAGAAUUUGAGUUAAUACAAAUAGAUAAAGCCUUUGUUAUCAAGGAGUUUUAGUCACUUUGUUUUUUUUUAUUCUCCAUGUGUUUGGUAAGGAAAAUUUUGAAGUAUAAAUGCUGUAGCCUCAACAGCUAAUUUGGAUCAUGCAAGAUGUUUUUGGCUCUUGAGGUUCUACAUACAGUGCAGUGUUUGCUCAUGUGUUCAGUUGAAAGAUAAUUUAUGUGUAUUGAGAAGUGAAAUAAAGGAUAAGGGAAGUAAACUAUGUCAGAACAACUAUUACAAAUUAAUAUUUUAUACUUGAAGCAGAAUUUAAGGAUUUAAUGAAGACUUAGUGUCUUAUUUAUAAAUUUUCCACAAAACUUUGAUGAGUCCCAAAGAUGCUGAAUGUUCAGUAUUUUGUUCCAGAGUAACAAACAUUUCUUCCUGUAUUAUAUUUUGUGAAUGAAAAGUCUGCGAAUCCUUCAGUGAAGUGAAGGGUUAAUGCUUUGUGUGCAAUGAUAGUUGCUGUCGCUGAAUGUUGUGUGCUGGUUAUAACUUGUGUUCACUUGAUGGCAACUAGGACAUUCUCGCUCCGUUAAACCAAAAAAGGGAUACACAGUACAGUAUGUCUUAUUCUAUCACCACAGCCAGACCUGCCAAUACUCCCACAUCCCGAUCGGAAGCACUUCUUCUUCUCAAGCGCUGAAGUUAAGCCGACCUCUCUGGGGUUGAGCCCUGCGCAUGAAGAUUACGGCAUGACAAACCGGUGGACAAAAAGGAAUAAGCUUUUCUCUUGAGUUGACAUUUCGGACAAACGAGGACAUAUUUGCCCAGGAAGCAGGGGAACUGCUGGCCAUGCUGUCUUCAAAACAGACUGAUGUUCAUUAUUGCUUAGGAAAUUUCAAUGUAUUUAACAGAAUUAUGGCAGUUUGAUUUGAUGUUAUAUUGUCGAACACUUUAAAAAAAGAAAAAAGAAAAAAAAACAGGCUGUGCUUUUGGGGCUUUCCUUUGUUUUUGAAGCUGUAUUAGUGUCUCCAUCUACUGUUGAUUAUACAGAAUGCAGAUGUUUUUUUUGAAUUGUGAUAUCCGUGCACAUCAAAUAAGGGAAACAUUUGGCAUUCAGUGAAAUGACAGCGUUUUGACAAUGCUGUACUUACACACAAUGGACUGAGUCAUUCCCCUCUGUAGGGAUGAUACUAUAAAAGGUACCACCGCCACACAGCUGUCUAUCAAGGCCUAAGAGCACUGUAAUCAUCUCAACCAUGGCUGACUCACACACAGUAUAUGAUUUUUACAACUCGUGGUCGUACCAAGAUGGGGACCAUUAACACUUGCUGAGAUCGUUGGUGUGUAUAUGCUUUUCUGCUCUCAAGUAUUCAGCUCUCCUCUGGCCACAGCACCUCCACUCCUCUUCACGGGCACUCUCAACCCUUUAAGACGUGCUUUUACUAAGACAUACGACCAACUCAACUGGUGCUCCGACACACCUGACUGUAAUUCUGUUGUCUUUCUGUCACUCAACAAAAAGUGAGGAAAUAACCUUUAAGAUUUACUACUCUCUUCUUCUUCUUCUUCUUUUUUUUCUUUUUAAAUGAGGCGUUUGUGCCCAUGUGCCAUGCCACCUUGGCCACACAUGUCAAGAUCUGUAUGUGUGUGUGAGUGUGUGGUUGGUGAACGGAGUCAAGCAAGGAGACUUUUAAUCACGUGAUUAAAGAUUCAAUGUCAGUAACGUUAAUCUCGAUAUCCUUAAAAUUUCCAAAAUAUUGUUGUUUGCCGUUCUGUUUAGUAGACUUUUGGGAAAGCUUCCUAAAGAUUAAGUAUUUCGGUUUACAUAACUGUGAUAUUAAAAUUAGUUUUAAAGGUAAGGCUUUAUUGGGUGAGCCAUACAGUAUACUGACCUCCUGUUAGGUCCUAUACAUAUCUUACAGAAUGUAAAAAAAUAUAUUGUUCCUUAAGAAUCUUAUAAUAGCUGUAAAAAGGGGUGAAAAAAUUGUACCGUACUUAUCAUGCGAGGCCAUUAAAUCUUUUACGUAGAUGUAUCACUUAAAAGAAAAGAAUAAAAUUCAAAUACAGUGUUUUA